AGUCAGUAUGUAGAUCAAGUGCUCUGGAGGGGGAAAGGAGAGGAGAGAGAGAAUGUGUGAGUGACUGAACAGUCUAGCCCCACCAGGUUGGCUUGUGGUUCAUUCUUCAGAUUUCUUUGUGGGGGUGGCAUCUAAAUUUGCAGCCCACCAUUAUCAUCAUGAUAGUCUGGAUACUCGCUGCUCUCAGCUUCAUUCAAGUUGCUGAAGUAACAGAAAACAAGAUUUUGGUGGAACAGCCGCCUCGAAUCAUGGCAUUUAAUAAAAAUGCUACCUUGGCUUGCAAAUAUGCCUAUAAUGGAACUGGGAACGAAUUCAGAGCAUCCCUGAAUAAAGGAACAGACAGAGCGGUUGAAGUCUGCUCUGUUUCCUGGAAUGGUUCCUUCCACAACCAUCAUUCAAAUAAAGAAUUCAACUGCCUUGUGGCAGUUGAUAGCCCUACAAAGCAAGUGAAUUUCAGUCUUUGGAAGCUGAAUACCGACCAAACAGAUAUUUACUUCUGCAAAAUUGAGGUCAUGUUUCCGCCUCCUUACAUCUACAAUGACAAGAGCAAUGGGACUGUCAUUCAUGUGACAGAGAUGCCUUCCCAAACACCAGAAAUUAAAUCUGCAACGCCUUUUUGGGCUCUGGUGGUGACUCUUGGAUUUCUGGUUUUCUACAGUGUGCUAAUAACUGCAGCGUUUGUUAUCUCCUGGUGGAAAAACAAGAGGAACAGAAUUCUGACGAGUGACUACAUGAACAUGACGCCACGCCAUCCUCUUGGCCCAAAGAACAAGCAUUACCAACCCUACGCACCAACUCGGAUACACACUGAAUACCGAUCUUGGGAACCAUGACUAUCUGCUUACCAAGCUGCUAAUACCCUUGGUGUGCUUUUACUCUGCUGUGUGCACUUGGACGUGAAAGGACAGCCUGCCAUUAGUUUGUCAUAUCUGUUAUAUUUGAUGACAUCUCUACAUCAUAGCAAGUACCGGUCAAACUUUAAUUGAUGCUGUGUAAAAGUAGGUUGUUUUCUCUGAUGGCUGAAAACUAGCUACAAUUCAUGUUCACGCUUGAUGGUGGGUAAGGGGGAAAGAUAACACUGGAUCCAGUACAGGGUAUAUUGUUCACUGUUGCAACUACUGAUCUUUCCCAAUCACUUUUGCCUUAUAUUGAACGUUAAUUUCUACUUAGAAGUAUGUUUAACUUGAAGAAUUAUAAAUCUCUUAAUUACAGCCCUAGUUGGUUACCAUUAAAUAUGAUACCAAGCAAACUGUUGAUGCAAAAAUUGGUCCCCUCUCACUUCAAAGAGGAGAACCCAGUUUCAAGUUCCAAACAUAUGCUUAAAAGAAUAGGGGAGGGUUUCAGCUGUAGGGAAAAGUCAGCUGUGAGCCAUGUGGACCAUUAGAUUAUUCCACAGAUGGGCUGUAAUGACAGAUCCAGCACACUUGAAAUCCACUAUACAUUAAAUGUGUGAUUCUUAAGUUCUUAAAUUGGUAACUGUGUAAGGGGAGAGGACCCUCCCAUGAAACAAUUUCAUACAGUGAGAAAGCAAUCAACCUGCAAGGCAGGUUUGGAACAACAGAGGAUGAAGAAAGAUCUGCAGUCAUCAUGAAGAGAACCCUUUUGCACUAUGUUGGCCUACAACAAGGAAACACCAGGACUUGGCCAAAGUCAUAGGAGAAGCAGGUGAGAAAAUCCUCAUUAGAGCUUACUGAGGGCUGAUUUUCAAAAGCGGGCCAGAUUUUUGAGUGCUCAGCACACACAGUCGGGGGCCGAUUUUUAGCAGAGCUGAGAACCCAGUGUGCACACAACAUCUCCUGAAAAUCUGUCCAUGUAGUCUGGUGCCUAAAUAGCAGCUGAGCUUUUUUUAAAAUCUGGCCACAAUGCUGAGUGAUCAGAUCAUUUGAAAAUUUGCUCCUAAACACCCUAUCAACUCCCUCAACUUGCAUUGCUAUCAAGAGGAACUGAAAGCUCAGCACUUUGCAGGACUGUUCAGUACCUUGAAGGAUUAGGCUGUAACUGGGGCUUACUGUUCUUAUAUAGACUUUUCUCUAGGCAUGUUCCAUGGAGGAGUAAAACAAGGGCUAGAAUAAAACUCGUUCAGUGAUUUUCAUGUGGCAUGUUGCUUUUAAUGAUGACUCCAAAACUGCAGUAGGGUCAGCUCAACACAAAAGCUACUCCCAAGCUUAGAAGAAGAGGUUCCUUUACGGUUCUCUCCAUUCCUUCUAGAGCUGAGCAAAAGACAGAAUUUCUGUCUGUGUGAAAAUUCUGAUAAUUCUACAUUUGUUUUCGUCUUAAACCAGAACAAAAAGAUCCCUGGUUUCGAUCUUCCACAAAGCUUAUGGGCAACCCUAAACCACCACCGCACAAACCAUGGCAGAUGCGGAAACUUGAUACACUAAUGGAACAUGAAAAACUCUCCAGUAUGCGACUGAGGUCACCCAGAACAGUCCAUGGAAUGUAAAACAACUCAAUGCCUGAUUCACAAAUACAGAGGAGGCAUCACAGCGAUAUACUCCACCACUCUUGAUGCAAUUACCAGACAACCACCUAAAUGUAAAAUUAUAGUUGUUGCUCUAUAGCUACACAUCAGCCAUAUGAAGAAAAAGAAGGACAAAAAUUUGAAAUACCAAUUUUUUUCACAGAACAGAAAUUCCGAAAAAUUUUGAUUCAGAAAUGGUGAAACAGUCCAAGUCAACAUUUUCAAUAGAAAUGCAAUGUUUUGACAUUCCUGACUCAAAAUGUUUCAUUUAAUUUUGUUGAUCUGACUGGAAAUGCAUAGUUUUAGUCAGUUCAACAUUAAACUGCGUUUUCUUACAGAGCCACAUUGCCUCAUGGGAAUUCAGUUCAGGAGUUUGAUGUCCUUGUUCUCAACUAUGGACCAGGCUCCUUGGCUGGACUACAUUUCCCAUGAUACAACUGCAGUAAUAUGAGUCCCAUGACAGACUACUCAGCUUGGUCAGAGAGGAGACAGUGUUGCAUCAUGGGAAAUAUAGUCAGGCCAGGGAGUCCAAUCCAUUGGGGGGGUGGGGCGGAGCGGAGGCUGGAGGCAAACUCCGAGUCCCAUGAGCCAAUGCAGCAAAAUAGGGAAAUGCAGGUUAAUGUAGAACUGACUCAGAAUGAAACAUUUCUGGUCAGUUUAAUAAAUGGAAAUAUUCCAAGUGAGGUUGAACCAACCCUGAGCUCAAUAUUUUGAUUUGGGUUCCAAAGGGAAGGGAAAAAAUCAGAAAUUCAGGAAAACUGAAAUUUUCCUACGAAAAUAUUUUUGCAGAAAUUGCAUUUCCUGUCAGAAAAUCAUUCUGACAGAAGAUUCCUGAUCAGACUUAAUUCAUCCUGUCUAAUUGAAAACUGUACAGGGUUAAGUGCUUGAAUAUGCCCCAGGGAAUAAUCUUGUGUUAAUAAGGGAGUGCAUAGGAAGACCUAACGGGGCUUUUCCUUCUUCCCUUUCUGGGCUGGAUUGUAUCCCUGGCAGGAAGCAGGCGCAAGGCAGGAACUGUGCUGAGAUGCUGAGAGUCACAGUCUGGGCCCUGCUUCUUCCUUGUGCCAUGGGAGAAGUGAGCGGUGCUGCUCCUUUUGCUGCCAGAGCCUACUUUGUCUCUCUGACCUAGCUCCAGUGCACUGGCUGGUGCUUUGGGAGGGGUGGAGCCAAAGUGCUGCCCACCCCCUGCCUUCACAGCCUGUCCACUCCCUACAUGGAUGUGGGGGAUGGCAGGCCAGUGGCAGCUACUUGCCCCACUGUGUAGGGCCUAGCAAUUUGGGUGAUUCCUUACUCCCCUGCAGCAGAACUCAUACGUGAGUCCUCCAUGGUAAUUUUAUGGAUAUUAUCAUAUAAUCACUGACUGCGUCAUCUUACUGGGCUUCUGAGCCACAAAUCACUGCCAAGGAUUUCAUCCUGUAAUUUAACAGAGUCCUGUAAUUAGAAUAUACUGUGAAAAUAAUGUCUUAUCCUCUGGCACAAGUAUAGCACAAAUAUGUAUAGAAAGCAAAAAUACACAGGGGCAAAAAUUUCUGGUUUAAAAUUGCAUAUGCAUUUCCAGACGUGAGAAGUGUGUAUAUUUCAUUGUGUCCCCAUGCCUUAGAGUUUUUACUGUACUUUUAUAAUUUUCUUUUAAAACUGUUAAGAGAUGCUGUAAAGUAAAUUUUGAAUACGUUGUAAGGCCUGACAGUAAAAGACAAGUGUUACUUUUUAAUGCAA